GUGAUGAUUAUAAUCCAUGACAGACAGACAACCAGACCGACCGGUGUCCUGAUCACGUGAUCCACUCAGAUCUGCGGCCGUGGACAUCUGUAAAAUGGAGGACCGUGAAGCUAAAGAGCCCGAGCAGCUCAGAAAGCUGUUCAUUGGAGGCCUGAGCUUUGAAACCACGGAGGAGAGUUUACGGGCCCAUUUUGAACAAUGGGGAACCCUCACGGACUGUGUGGUGAUGAGGGACCCCAACAACAAGCGCUCAAGAGGGUUUGGCUUUGUGACAUACUCCACUGUAGGGGAGGUCGACGAUGCCAUGAAAGCAAGGCCUCAUAAAGUCGAUGGCCGAGUUGUCGAACCCAAGAGGGCGGUGUCCAGAGAGGACUCCAAUAAACCAGGCGCCCACCUGACAGUGAAGAAGAUCUUUGUCGGUGGCAUCAAGGAGGACACCGAGGAGUACCACAUUCGGGAGUACUUUGAGAAAUAUGGCAGGAUUGAAUGCAUCGACAUCAUGGAGGAACGCUCCACUGGGAAGAAGAGGGGAUUCUGCUUUGUCUCCUUUGAUGACCACGACACUGUAGACAAAAUUGUCGCCCAGAAAUUCCACACAAUCAACUUCCACAACUGUGAGGUCAGGAAAGCUCUUUCCAAACAGGAAAUGAGUGCUAUGUCUACUAACAGGGGCAGGAGUGGAGGAUCUGGAAACUUCAUGGGAAGGGGUGGUAAUUUUGGAGGUGGUGGCAACUUCAGUCGAGGUGGCUUCGGUGGAGGACGAGGUGGUUACGGCGAUGAUUUUGACAAUGGUCCAGGAGGAAACUAUGGUGGAGGACCAGGUUAUGGAGGGGGCCGAGGGGGCUACGGUGGUGGUGGUCCAGGGUAUGGCAACCAGGGUGGUGGAUUUGGUGGCAGCUGCGAUGGAGGUUAUGGAGGCAAUGACGGAGGUUACGGAGGCGGUGGAAAUUACAACGACUUUGGAAAUUAUGGUGGGCAGCAGUCCAACUAUGGGCCCAUGAAGGGAGGCAACUAUGGUGGCAGAAACUCAGGUGGACCCUAUGGUGGUGGCUACAGCUCUGGCGGCGGCGGAGGUGGCUACAACCCGCGGCGAUAUUAAUUAUUUCAUGUUUUGGCUUCAGUUCUUAGCAGGAGAGGCGAGGAGGUGAGCAAAGGAAUUGUCAGGAAAGCUGCAGGUUACUUUGAGGCAGUCAUCUGAAAGCAUUAGAGGAACACACAAGUCAGACAUUACCGCAGCUAAAUCGGAGAAGUUUAUGGAAGAAGGACUGUAUACACAAGACAUGAGUGCAGAUGAAAAACUCCCCUAUUUGUGAUAGAUGUUUCCCUACAAAGCUAUUUUUCCUUUUAUGCGUCUGAAGUGUGUGUAUUGUGCCUAUGGUAUCAGGGUUAAAGAGUAAAUUGUUUUUUUUUUAUCUGAAGCCAGUUCUUAAUAUCUUUAUUUUUUCUUUUUUUAUAUGGGUUAGUUUUCUGCUGGCCGAUUAAUCUUAUGUCUUUUAACUUGUCAUAGUUAUAUCAGGCCCACAGAUGAGCUAGAGUUACUCCAUUUUUUUCUUUCUGAAGUUAUUAUGAUUGCUCAAUUGCAAGUGUCAAGUGUAUUUUGAUUUUGUAUGUGAAGCACAGUAUGUAAAUCCUUCGUAGUACCAGUGUCAACAAAUAUAAGCAAUUAAUUAGAAAUAAGGGAAUCCCCUCACUCUUCUUGUUCCCAAAAAAAAACAAAUUCUAGAUUGUUGGACUAUUUUGAUUAGAAGAAAAAGACCGAAUAAAAUUGUGUAGUAAAGUGA